CCUAUCUCCUCACACCCCACACCCCCAUUAUUUCGGCCAAACCUACCCAAGAGAGAGGGAAGAGCUCUGCAAAUGCUUACCUCCAUAGCUACAACCGAGCUCAAGGUUGAAGAAGGUCCAAGGAAGAAGAAAGAGUGAGAAAAGAAGAGAAAAACCUUGAUUUUUUAAGGAAUUUUACCAAGGCAUUCUAGACUUCUCAAGGAAUCUAGGAGUGGUCGGAAAGUCGCCGGAGCCGCCGGAGUAUUCGCCGGAAAAUUCAAAGGUCGCCGGAGUUCAAACAAAGAGGAUAAAAGCUUGCUAGCGUCAUUUCAAGGUUGAAGCUAGAGCUUACUUCCUGCACCCGUUGCUCGGGAGAUCGAUGGAGAGAAGACGUGGUUCGUGCUUCCUCCGGUUCUAUUUCUAAAUAAUUAAAUAAUGCUCAUGGAACUAUUUUGACUUAUAAAUUAAUGGAGCCUGCGAGCUCUUGUUUUACCCUUGUGUGGGUUCUUAUUAAACACUUAUAUUCCGCUAUGUGUUUGAUUGUAUGUUGAUGUUGUUAUGUAUGUUUACUAAUCGGUUUUGGCAUAUGUAUCUAUCGGACGUCUUGUGCAAUUCGGUAAGGAUGAACUGCGGUUAUUCUUAUUGGAUUGUACGACGGUUGUCCACGUGGCACAGACGCGGUCUGGGGCGUGACAAUUAAGUGGUAUCAGAGCCAAACGAUUUCUAAACUAUAUAGUCAACCUCUCAACAGAGUUUCUAUCAAAACAGUUUUCAAUGAAAAACCAUGAGCAUAAGUUUUGUACUUUAAGAGCAAUUGGUUAUCGAGUUGCAAGGUCUCUGGUUGUUAAGAUGGGCCCCUUAACAAUUGGUAUGGCAGUGACUUGAGCCAAGUUGUGUCUUGAGUACGUUUCUGUCAAUUGACAUUCAAACGAGUCCAAAGACUCAUUCCAACAUAUUCUUUCAGGAAUGGGUGGUAGCGAUAGGGCGGUUCGAGGAAAUCCGAGACGGCGCGCACCGGGGAUAGCCGGGCAAGCCAAUCGGGGGAUAUCAAGGUCACGUAAAAGGCGAGGUAUGGGCAAUCAAGGCCCACAAAAACGAGCUGCGAUGGCUGAUCACAAUGUGACUGAAUUCGAGUCGUGGAACUCGGAGGAUGACUCAACUUAUCACCCUGAAAGCGAGUCAGAUGAAACUUCCUUUGAGGAAAACAGUGGAGAGGAUAUACGUAGUAUUCCUCCGGACCAUGUUAGUGAAAUGUACCGAUGGUACCAACGUGAAAUGGGAAGACAACGACAGGGAUCUCAGGAGGGACACGUCAGAGGCGAGACCUCCCUCAUGAGGGUUCGGGGUGCUCUUACAGCACAGGUUAGGACAGUCAGAGAUUCUGAUGGCGAAGGACCAUUCUUUAGGAUCUCAAAGUAUCUCAAAGAGGCUAGAGCCUUGGGGUGCAAACCAUUUGAUGGGACGGGGGACAUAUCAGAAGCAGCCGAGUGGAUAAAAAGGUUAAAUGAUGCAGCUGAGGACAUGCAGGUGGUCCCUGAACGAAAGUUAAGGGUAGCCACUAGAUUAUUGGAGGGUUUAGCUUCUACUUGGUGGGAAGGCACCAAGGGUAAGUUUGACAGGGUGGUCACGUGGGACAACUUCGAGCAAGCAUUCUAUGAGCAGUUUUACACCUCUUUCGAAGUAAAUCGAAAGAGGAGGGAAUAUAUCGAUCUCAAACAGGGAAAUGAGUUUACGGUGAAGCAACUGGAACAAAGAUUCCGACAUCUGGCAAGGUUCUUGCCUGAGUAUGCCGCAAAUGAGAACCGAAUGACAAACCAUUUUUGGAAUGCACUCAAUUUGGAAAUACGCGAAAGAGCGACCUACCAAUUCAACAUGACUUUUAGUCAAGUAGUAACCCAAGGUCUCCAGGGGGAGGAGCUUUGGAAGGAAAGGCAAGCAAGGGAUGCAAAGGAAGCACAAGAAAGAGAUCAAGUGAUGAUUCACCCUCCACGACGAGAGGGGAAGUAUGAACUUCAGAGCAAGGAGGACUCUAACAAGUUAGUUCCGUUUUUCAGUGAGAGUCAGAACUUGGUAAGUCAAAGCUCAAGCACUCGGGGCACGGGGGCACCCAAAUGUGAGAAUUGUAGGCGAAGGCACUACGGGAGAUGUCGAGAGCCAUCUAGAUGUUACUUUUGUGGAGAAACAGGCCACAUCAAGGUCCUUUGUCCUCAACGUACGCGUGAAGGAACAUCAGGAGCUAGAGGAGGGGUCACGGGGGUUGAAAACCCAACUAGGGUUGCCUCAAACAUGGUACCUUCUACAAGUCAAUGGCGAACUCGCUCGUGAAGGCCGGAAAUGGCGGAAGCCAUUUGUUAGGCCCGACUAUGGCAUAAGGAAUUUUACCAAGGCAUUCUAGACUUCUCAAGGAAUCUAGGAGUGGUCGGAAAGUCGCCGGAGCCGCCGGAGUAUUCGCCGGAAAAUUCAAAGGUCGCCGGAGUUCAAACAAAGAGGAUAAAAGCUUGCUAGCGUCAUUUCAAGGUUGAAGCUAGAGCUUACUUCCUGCACCCGUUGCUCGGGAGAUCGAUGGAGAGAAGACGUGGAUGAACUGCGGUUAUUCUUAUUGGAUUGUACGACGGUUGUCCACGUGGCACAGACGCGGUCUGGGGCGUGACAAAAAAAGACUAGGAUUACCUGUCAUAUGAUCUGUUGCCCCUGAAUCGAUAACCCAUUUUGAGGAUGAAGACACAAGACAUGUGUUUGGAUUACCUGAAUUAGCGACAGCUGAGAUAGGAGUAGAUGAAUGCUUUAGAGUCUCUUGGUAGCAAAGAAAUUUGGUGUAUUCCUCAGAAGACAUACUUAUUGAUCCAUCAGAAGACUGUGUAACGGAAGCAAUAUGGACCAGUACGUGGAUAUUUCUCACCUCCUCUGGUGAAUGUCGGAACUUGCCCUACAAAUGCAUUGCUUGACUGAGGUGCUAAUGGUGUGGAUGAAGUAUCGGUGCGAAGCACUCUAGUGAAAGACUCUUGAAGAGAAGAGACCUCAUCACUAGAUAAGAUAUGUGAUUUGGCUAUUUCAAAUUCAGAUGUUAGACCAGCCAAAAAACUCAUCACUGCCAUUUGUUCUCUUUGUUUCUGCUGCACUUUGAUAUCAGGACUAAAUGGCAUUAAUGUAUUCAGCUCUUCAUAGGUUUUCUUGAAAUCCAUAAAAUAAGCCGUGAGAGGCUUAUCUUUCAUUUCUGCUCUGUAAAAGGCUUUGCACAC